AGACUCGAGUUAAUUCUGUUCUUCAUUAGUGUUUAACAAACAUCCAUGCAGAUACAAUACAGAUAUAUCCACGUUAAUCUGUGCAUGCAAGUACUGUUUGUACUUGCAUGCUUUGGCCCUACUUUCAAGCAUCAUAUACUGUACAUGCACAGGGAAUCGUUACAGCACCGGUCAUGCAGGCGAUACUGGGGAUGCUGAAUCAGGGCUGGAUUAAGCAGUUGGAUGCUAUCCAGCUCUGCAUGAGCAGCCCAGUUUGCUACUUCAGCUAUUUGGCCAAUAGCAACAGUCCUGUGAUUCACUAUAGUUCUAUCACUUAGCCUGCAGCUAGCAAUCUUGCUCUCCCUGCCACCUCGAACAGGAGCCAGAGGCGGGAGGGGUGCUGCCUCUUUGCAGGAGAAUUUGUCCGGGAUGCUCGGUGGUGUGGCAUCAGAGUAGGCCAGAGACUGAUGUCAUUCGCAAGGGGCUGUGAGGGCAGCAGCGCCUCGGUCACAUGCAGGGUGGGUCGUCUCUGCGGAGAGGUGCUCCUGUGUGGUUUAGCCAGGCUGAGGGUGGAAAGCAGUGAUUUAUCAGUAUCUAGAGAAUCAGUGCUUUCUCGAAUCUGCAUGCCUUUUAUUCCCACUGCAGAUGCAGAGUUGCCAAAUAUUGUGUGUUAUUUCUGGACACAUUUUACAGAUCGUCCGGACUCGGACCUGUCUGCGGUCCGAAGCAGGAUGCUUUUUCCCAGCAGUGGCCAGGAUUCGUCCAGGGGUCUGCCCGAUAUCAAUAACUGGGGUCUGGGCCUGCAGUCCCUCAGCCUGUCUGACUGGGAGAGACCGUGGAGCAGCCAUGAUACUGAACCUUCACAGAACACAUCCUCUCUGCAAGAGAUAUUGGGUACUUCCAGCCAGCGCUCAAACACGCUUCCAAGCUACUCCAAUGACUCCUCCAUUGGUGCCACAGACUUCCUAGAGAAGUUUCCAGGUAUGGCACGGUUAAAUUCUCAGUCUUUCCUGGACUCUCACUCCAUCAGCCCUGUGGACUCUGAGACCAGCGGCUUCAGCUCUGGUUCUGAUCACCUCUCCGACCUGCUGUCAUCUUUGAGGAUCUCUCCAACUGUGCCCUUCCUUAUGUCCAGUAUGCAAAGGGAUCCGCUUAAGCUAGCUCUGAGCUCUCGUUUGGACUACAGUGGCUCUUCCCUCACUCCACCACCCAGUGCCACCCCAACGGGUGGUCUGUCCCACCGCUGGCCUGGUGCCUCCAUCUGGCCCAACUGGGACCUGAUGAAGACCCCUGAGAGCCCCUUUAGCAUUGAAAGAGAGGCCUGGCUUCACAGACAGGCAGCCUCAAUUAAUGAAGCUACAUUCACAUGGAGUGGACAGCUGCCUCCCAGACACUACCAAACCCCCAUCUACUCCUGCAAGGUCUUUUUAGGCGGUGUUCCCUGGGACAUUACAGAAGUUGGCUUGAUCAACACUUUUAAAUGCUAUGGCCCUCUAAGUGUAGAGUGGCCAGGUAAGGAUGGCAAGCACCCUCGCUGCCCUCCGAAAGGUUACGUGUACUUGGUGUUUGAGUCCGAGAAGUCUGUGCGUGCCCUGCUCCAAGACUGCACUGAGGACCUACUUCAUCCUGAGGGUUACAGCGAAUAUUACUUCAAAAUGUCUAGCAGGAGAAUGCGCUGCAAAGAUGCACAGGUGAUUCCUUGGGUGAUCUCUGACAGUAACUUUGUGAGUUGCCCCUCUCAGAGGUUGGACCCUCGGAAUACUGUGUUUGUAGGAGCUCUGCAUGGCAUGCUCAAUGCUGAAGCCCUGGCCAGUGUCAUGAAUGAUCUGUUUGGUGGAGUUGUGUAUGCAGGCAUUGACACAGACAAGCACAAGUACCCAAUUGGCUCUGGGCGUGUAACCUUUAACAAUCAACGCAGUUACCUGAAAGCUGUUAGUGCUGCAUUUGUUGAGAUCAAGACACCCAAAUUUACAAAGAAGGUUCAGAUUGACCCGUACUUGGAGGAUGCCAUCUGUCAAUCAUGCAGUCGUGAGCCUGGGCCAUUCUUCUGCAGGGACAAGACCUGCUUCAAAUACUACUGUCGCUCCUGCUGGCAUCGUCAGCAUUCCAUGGACAUCCUCAGUAACCAUCGCCCUCUGAUGAGAAACCAGAAGAAGCGGGACGCCAACUGAAGCCUUGCAUGGCAGCACAAUGCCUCAGCCUGGUCCUCCAUUUGCGCCUGCUCCACUGGGGCACUGCUCGAGAGUUGGCCCCCACCCCUCCCAGGAGUUUGGGUAUGGGAAAGCACUGUAGAAAGUUAACGAUUGCACUUUUUAGUUUGGCUUGUUCACUUUGGCACUGUACACCGUGAGAUGGGUUAGCUGGGGCCCAAGGAUGGGAAGACCUAGAGUUUUUGACUAAGUUGAGAUUCAGGCCAUGUUUUUUUUUUUUUUACAUUGGUUGCUAUUUGGUUUUGGUAAAAAUCAUUCUAACGUCUCAUUGUUUAACAGAUCGAAGCCAUACAGUGCCUUUUUUUGCUAAUGUUUUUUACUUUCUUUUUUUGAGACGCAACUAAAGUCAGAUUUUCAUCAACACUACAGUUUUAGUUUCUCAGAUUUUUACAUGAACCAUUUUUAAGGUAUGGCAUGGAAAAGGUUGAACGACAAUCUACCUGGCGGCUUUUUAAUUUUGCGGGGGUUUUUUUUUUUUCUUCUGUUUGGUGUUUUUGCCUUAUCGGACCUAUUCUGUUUGGUAGAACGAGGUUUGCGCAUAAUCCUGCAGAUCUAGUUGCCAAUUCAGAUCAUUUUCAGUGCGUGCCUCCACUAGGCAUUGCUUUUACUGCUCUUGAUCAGAUUUCAAAUCAACUUGUAUUAAUCCAGAAUGAGAGUGGCCAUCGACUGCACAUAGUUUUAUUGCACUUUUUAAUUUGCACUUUGUAAAGGGGUAGGUUUUUAAUCUCUUGUAUUGUACAUCAGCAGGUUUUAUGGGUGUGAGCCCAAAUGACUGCUUGAAUUUAAAACCAUAGACUUCCCAAGAAUGUACCAAGAGCCUUGGCAGACUAAAUGCAUAUGUCACUUUAUUCCAUCCUCUACUAUUUGUCUGAAUGGAUAACAUUACUUUUCAGAACUGAAAUUGUCCUCUCCUUGUCAUGUGCAUUCCAUGCAGAGCUAUUUCAUAAGCUCCUCUGUCACUCUACCUCAUUGUUGUCUGCCAAGUUUGCUUACAAAUGUGAAGUUCGAUUUUUGAAUGGGCACAA